AUGAAUCGAGAUGUUUCCUCCUCCAAUACGUAUUUACUACGAACCACUAGGUACCUGCUUGCUCAGUAUGCCAAGCAGCGCAAUGUGAUUCUUCGUUUGGCCUAUGCUACCAUUAUAUAUAUGAUUUUCAAUGGUGGUUCCUCGAGUAAAGGCAAACAGUCGACUAAGGUUAAACCGGAGCAUAUCAAUGGAACGAUUAUUGAACGUCUCACACAACGAGUCAAGUCUUCUCCGUUGACUCUUUUGGUGUCCCAAUUAAGUUACAAAAAUGAAAAAACGAGACCAAUUCUGGCUUACAUGAUUCUGCAGAUAGGCUUGUCACUGGUUAGGGCGCUCAUUUCUCUCAAAGUUGCUGCUCUUGAUGGCUACUUGGUCUCUUCAUUGAUAACGAAACGUUUCAAGGCCUUUUUCAAAUAUUUGCUCCUAUGGACAUUGAUAGGUGUUCCCGCGGCAGUGACCGAAUCUUUGCUAACAAGAACGAGACAAUUGUUAGCCCAAGCCGUACGUCGUAAUGUGACCAACGAGGUACUUGACAUUUACCUUCCUGAUAGUGGAAACAGCACAGUGUACCAUUUGAUCAACAAGUCCAAGCAUACAAAUCUUGGGAGCAGCAUAGACGACCCUAAUCACAGAAUCACUACCGUCAUCGAGCAAUUCUCUAACAGUCUGAGUGCCAUUCCCUCGCAGGUUUUGACUCCAACGAUGGACAUUGCUCUUGCGGCUCAUCAAUUGUCAAAGACAGGAGAAAAUGCUGCGGAGGGGGGACUUUUACUGGGGAUCAUCACAAACAUAUCUACAUUGGCUCUCAAAAUCUUCACCCCAAACUUCUCGAAAUUGAGUGCAUUUAAAAACUCUUUGGAAAACAAAUUCCAUGCUCAUCAUUCUAAAGUGAUCAACAACAGCGAAGAAAUAGCUCUGGCCAAAGGGCACAGAAGAGAACUAGACCUAUUGGAUAUGAACUAUUUUGAGCUUGAACGGUUCAAAAGAAUGGAACUUCGCAGAAUGGCUAUUUACGAUUUUGCCGUUUCGUUCAUUUUCAAGUAUACCUUGGGGGCUUUUGGAUUGCUUCUCUGUUCACUUCCGAUCUUCACCACUGCAUACAAGUUUAAUUUCCGGAUUUCUGAAAAUGCAAGUAGCAGAAUCUCUGCAGACUUUAUCACUAACAGAAGACUAUUGUUGACGGCAUCAGAUUCGUUGGGGAAACUUGUACGGGCCAAAAAGAAUGUUCAAAAUUUGCUGGGAUACAGUGAAAGCAUCUGGGAAUUCGAACAGGUUCUGAGUGAGAUCAACAACUCCAUGGAGGAAGAAGCUAAGUUGGAGCAAGCCAUAAAUAACGAGCCAUUGGUAAAAGGGCCGAAUGUCAGUUAUGGCGACGAGAUCUCCUUCCUGCAUGUUCCUUUGAUUACUCCUACAGGAACGGUUUUGGUUGAAGAUCUUACCUUUAGCAUCAAACCAGGGGAAAAUUUGCUGAUUAUCGGCCCCAAUGGAUGUGGAAAAUCCUCUUUAUUCCGAAUUUUGGGCGGCCUCUGGCCCGUUCAAAAUCCUGGUCAUCUCGUUGUUCCACAAAGACGCCAAGACCUAUUCUACUUGCCGCAGAAAAGCUAUCUUACAUACGGUUCUUUGUGCGAGCAGAUUAUAUAUCCUGACACUCUCCAGGAUUAUCAACAGAAACUCUGCGAUGCAAGAGCUAGUGGAAGCGUUGUCAAAGAUGAUGUCUAUCUCAUGGAACUUCUUCGAUUGGUCAAAUUGGAACAUCUUGCUGAAGUCGUGUCUGAUGACGAGGACGAGGAGGAAAAAAAUGUGUUAUCGUCCAGCAAAUCUCCUUUAGAUACCGUGAAAAGAUGGCCCGAUUUGCUCUCAGUCGGCGAACAACAGAGGUUGGCACUUGUUAGAAUGUAUUAUCAUCAACCGCGGUUUGCUGUGCUAGACGAAUGCACUUCGUCCAUAUCUCCGGAUCUUGAACAGGAGUGCUACCGGCUGGCAAUUGAGCAUUUUAAAAUCACUGUUCUGUCUGUGUGUCACCGUACCUCCUUAUGGAAGUUCCAUUCCCACAUCCUCAAGUUCGGAAGCAAUAAAAACAGGGAAAUUACUGACGAGGAAGACGAUAGUGACCCAGAUAACGGUAGAAUCAGUAUAUCUCCAGAGCCUGCUACCAAAGUUACGUUUAGCAAAUUCGACCCUGCCAAAAGAUUAGCAAGACAUAACGAGCUGAUCGAGAUUGACAAUAUGUUGAAAAACAGAUCCAACGUACGCAAGAGAUUACAGUCUCUUGACGUUAUGAGAAGUCGCAGCAAAAAAAUAUUAUAUAUUCAAGAUGAGGACUAA